AUGGCAGACGCAACAUCCUCUCAGAAAUUCCCCGUCUCAGCCUCAGAAGCUAGACGCUUCGUAGAGGACGUCCUCAAAGGCAACAACAUCCCCCAAGAAAAUGCUGCAAUCAUAGCUCGCUGCCUCAUAGCAGCCGACCUCCGCGGCGUCGAUACCCACGGCAUGAACCGCAUCCCCUCCUACAUGGAGCGCAUCCGCCAGGGCGUCCUCAACGCAACCGGCCAACCAAUCCUGACCCAAGUCACCCCAGCCGUCGCUCAAGUCGACGGCCAAAACGGCUUUGGUUUCGUCGCUGCCCACAAGGGCAUGGCUGCAGCCAUUGAGUCUGCAAAGGUCUUUGGCAUUGGUAUGGCGAGUAUCAAGCACUCUAACCAUUUUGGUAUGAGUGCUUGGCUUGUGCAGCAGGCUUUGGAUGAGAAUAUGAUGAGUUUGGUGUUCACAAACUCGAGUCCUGCUUUGCCUGCUUUUGGAGGCAAGAGCAAGCUUAUCGGUAUUUCACCUAUUGCGUGUGGUGCGCCUGGAAAGGGCGAUAUGGAGAGUUUUAUCUUGGAUAUGGCGCCUUCUGUGGCUGCUAGGGGAAAGAUUUACAAGGCGAAGCGACGAGGAGAGAAGAUUCCUAUGGACUGGGCUCUCGAUGCAGAGGGACGGCCAACCGAUGAUCCCGAAGCUGCCCUCGGCGGCGUAAUGCUCCCCAUGGGCGGCCCCAAGGGUUCCGCCCUCGCCAUAAUGAUGGACGUCUUCUCCGGCGUUCUCUCAGGCUCAGCAUUCGCAGGCCACGUCACCGGCCCCUACGAUCCCUCCAAGCCCGCAGACGUUGGUCAUUUCCUCAUGGCUAUCAAGCCUGAUCUAUUUAUGAGUCUGGAUGAGUUCCGCGAGAGAAUGCAGUAUUUGUACGAGCGGGUUGUGGGAUCUGAAAAGGCGGCUGGAGUGGAGAGGAUUUACUUCCCUGGUGAGAUUGAGCAGUUGAAUCAGAAGGAGAGGGAGAAGACGGGAAUUCCGCUUGUGCAGGCUGAGAUUGAUGCUUUGAAUGCUGAGGCUGAAAAGGUUGGGGCUGAGGCUUUGAAGUAUUAG